AUGAAAGCAAUCAACAAGGCCGUGCUUGUUUGCAAGCUCUUCGGCUACAUCCUCCGCGUCUACGUCUCCUUCUUCACCCGCAACACCAAACCUCACCGGCUCGCCAGCGACGCGCCUUCUGCCGGUGCCGACGCCGACGUUGAAUCCAAGGCUCCGAAACGCAACAUCGUCGUCGUCGGGGCCGGUUUCGCGGGCUAUCACGCUGCGCGCAUCAUUGCGUGCGACCUCCCGGCCGAUAGCCCCUUCGAGGUCGUCGUCAUCGAGCCGAAUAGCCACUUCAACUUUACAUGGGUGCUGCCCCGCUUCUGUGUCGUCGAGAACCACGAGGAUAAGGCCUUUAUUCCCUAUGGCCCUUACCUUAACGGUGCGCGCGCGACGUGGGUGCAGGGCAAGGUCGCGAGCGUCGACAAGGAGUCCGUGACGCUUGGCUCCGGUGAAGUGAUCCCCUAUGAGUACCUUGUUAUUGCGACGGGCAGCGGCGCGGAUGACUCUCUCCCUUCCCGCGUGGGCGAGACCUCAAAGAUAAAGGGCGUCAAGCUCAUGCAGGCGAUGCAGCAGCGCAUCAAGGCGUCCAAGAAGCUCGUCGUGGUCGGCGGCGGAGCUGCCGGUGUCGAGCUCGCUACUGAUGCCAAGUCGCUGUACCCUGAAAAGAGUGUAACAUUGAUUCACUCUCGAAGUUCUGUACUGCAUCGGUUCGGUCCUGAGAUGCAGGCUGCGGGGAUGAAGGCUCUCACGGACUUGGGCAUUGAGGUUAUUCUUAAUGAUAGGUUGAUCGGGCAGGAUGAAGCCACUGGUGUCGCUACCCUCAAGUCUGGCAAGACGGUAGAAUACGACUAUGUCGUCAAUUGCACAGGUCAAAAGCCCAACUCGCAGAUCAUCGCCAACAUCUCGAAGGACACCAUCACCGAAGGAGGAUACGUGAGGACAAAACCCACUCUCCAGAUCGACGACGACUCCCUCCCGAACGUCUUCGUCUGCGGAGACCUAGCUGGCCACGGCGAGAAGAACCCCAAUGCGCGGUCGGCGAUGAGAAAGGCAAUGAUUGCCGCCGACAACGUGGUACUUGCCACCCAAGGCAAGGAGUUGAAGCAUACCUAUGCGCCAUUUUGGGCCGACGCAGUCAUCAAGUUGACUUUGGGCAUGGAUCGCUCUGUAACGCACUUUGGUGACCACAAGACGGAGAUCGCCUUCUACGCUAAGGAGAAGGAUCCCGCUCUCAUGUCUGCCCAAGCCUGGAGGAAUAUGGGUGCUGUUCCUUUCGAGGAUCCCGAGUUUACGGAAGCGAUUAAGGCUAAAGAAGCUGCGACUACGACCGACACUACCCCGGUAGCGGAGUGA